AUGAUAGAAGACAAAUACAUCGGGCUCGCGCUCGCCGUGACUUCGACCCUAGGCAUCGGUGCGUCCUUCGUGAUCACCAAGAAAGGCCUAAAUGCUGCUGCCGAGAGACAUGGCUUCGAGGGCGACGGCUUCGCAUACCUCAGAAAUCCCAUAUGGUGGGGUGGAAUAAUAACAAUGGUCAUCGGUGAAAUUUGCAAUUUCAGCGCAUACGCCUUUGCGCCUGCCAUUCUGGUAACACCGCUGGGUGCGCUGAGUGUCUUGAUCGGAGCUGUCCUGGGGAGCUAUUUCUUGGGAGAACAGCUCGGAAUAUUAGGAAGAGUGGGUUGCGCGAUAUGUCUGAUAGGCAGUGUAGUCAUUGUGCUGCAUGCUCCGCCCGACGAGGAAUUAAAAAAUAUCGACGAGCUGCUGCACUAUGCCACGCAACUUGGUUUUCUAACAUACUGCGUGAUUGUGACCGUGUUCGCGUUGGUCAUGAUAUACAAGAUCGCACCAGUAUACGGCAAGAAGAAUCCCAUGAUCUACAUUAGUAUAUGUUCGACAGUCGGCUCCAUAUCCAUCAUGGCCAUCAAAGGAUUCGGCAUUGCUCUCAAGCUCACCCUUGGCGGCAACAAUCAAUUCUCACAUCCUUCGACCUACGUUUUCAUGAAUGUUGUGGUGGUCUGCAUCCUUACGCAGAUGAACUACUUCAACAAAGCUCUGGCAACCUUCAGCACCAACAUUGUGAAUCCUCUCUACUACGUGACCUUCACGACCUUCACCCUGACCGCAUCCUUCAUUCUCUUCCGAGGAUUCAACACAACUGACGCAGUCAACACAAUCUCCCUUCUGUGUGGCUUCUUGACCAUCUUUACUGGCGUAUACCUACUCAACCUCUCUCGCGAAGAUCCAAACGGAGAGAACAUGGGCAUCAAAAGUGGUCGCGAUGGCCGCGGAAACUACCACGACGUAGAUGGCAUACCCACGGACGGCCUCGCAGGGCUCCAGACGCGACUCUCGAUGCAAUCUCGACGAAGCAGCGAACACAAACGAAGCGCUAGCUGGUCAUUACGAAGUCCAGUCCUAGCAUCAGGCGACUAUGCCAGAGCCGGACGAGGAGAAAAUGCGCACAUGCUACACUCUUACGACGUGGAAGCAAAUCCAUUACACGACCUCGCCGAGGACAGCGACGAAGAGACUUCUAGCUCGAAUCACAAACGUACGAGCUUUGACGAUGGUAACGGGAGAAGGGUGACCAUGAAUGGCGGCGGAUCAGCAGCGGGCGGAAAAAAAGAAACUCCUCGCUAGCAUCGCUAUGCUCGCUCGCUCACUUGCUCGCUAAAAUUGGUAUCUCUGCCCAUAUCAUGUGCCAUUUCCCGUUCCCGAGUCCGUUUCGCUUCCCAAAAAUGUUGUUUCCAAAAUCCCAAUCAUAAUCCCAAUCCCAAUUCCUCAAAAAGGACACAAAAAAUAUCAUGAUCGUCGCUAAUUCGUCGCAGUAUACUGUAUCAAUGACCCAUUUAGACAGAUCAUUGUAUGUUAUCUCUCAAAAAUCCAAGUUCGCUGAAAAUCGCAUCGGCCAUGGAGCUUUCCUCGGCUGCGAACAUUGAAGGCAGGGACAGCUCCUGUCUCGAAGGCAUCUGGCCUGAGGGUCGAGAGAUUGUCUUGGCCAGAGAAUUGUCGCUCUCAGUUGCGCUUCGAGGUAGGGAAUAGCUUAUAAAUGAGGAUGGGCUGAGUCUUGCUAUAGUACGCUCGAAAAAGCUUGGUCCGCUAUUGUUGCUGCUAUUCUGACUCGGUCGCCUCGAGGGAUGCUUGCUGGAUGCUUC